AUGCACCAUCCUCGCCACACACCACCUCUACCUUCCACCCACGCCACCUACCACCCACGCCUCCUACCCACACUACACACCACCCGCAUCACCUACCACCAACGCCACACACCACCUACCACCCACGCUACCUACCAUCCACGCCAUCCACAUCACCCAUGCCACACGCCACCUACCCCCAAGCCACCUAACCCACACCACCUGCCAUCCACCAUCCUCGCCACACACCACCUCUACCUUCCACCCACGCCACUCACCACCCACGCCACCUACCACCCACGCCACACACCACGUCUUGUGACCUACCACCCACGCCACCUACCCACACCACCUACCAUCGACGCCACACACCACCUACCACCAACGCCACACACCACCUACCACCAACGCCACACACCACCUACCACCAACGCCACACACCACCUACCACCAACGCCACACACCACCUACCACCCACGACACCUACCACCCACGACACCUACCACCCACGACACCUACCACCCACGACACCUACCACCCACGACACCUACCACCCACGACACCUACCAUCCACGAGACCUGCCACACACCACUAACUACCAACGCCUCACCACCAGUGAUGCCACAUUUUUAUCGAAGGAUGCUCCAGCUCCGAAGGAGGACGAAGUGGGACACAACCCAGCAUCCCAGCAACAUCUCCCGAUAUAA